UGACUAAAUAGACUAACCUCGUGUUGAAUUUCUUCAAAAGAAAAAUGGAUUGGACAGUUCUGUAGGAAUUUAAUAGGAAUCAUAUCAACGUUUUCAUUUGUUCCAAAUGGUUUACACUUGUAUGCCCAACUUUGUUGCUGAGAAGAAAAGACCCUCACAAUAUGAACCAUGACACACCUUUCAUCUGCCCCGCAAAAAAAAAAAAAGGCACACCUUUCAUCUUAUUUAUCAUGUAGUAUAAAAAACGGGAGCGGCAGAUUUAUGACAAAAUUUUAAGCCAACAGACGCUAUCGAAAACAGUCACGCAGUUUGUUUGGUUGCGUAGGGCGCAGUUGCAGGGACGUAACCUGAAACAGAAUGGUUUGAUCACAAGCUUGUCUUGUACCUUGCGACCCAAACCUCGGGGAUGAAUUCCAAGAGAAUAAUCACAAUCUUCUCAGUUCCUCCACCGAGAUGCGGACAAAGAUGGCAUUGCGCGUGCCGCAGAUGCGUCCAGCCUUGGAGAGACCCGAGGUGCCACAAGAGACAAGCUCACCACAUCGGAAGGUAUGAACUCGAGGCCUCGCCAUUUUUGUUGCUUCGAACAGGACAACGGGGUCGAACAAUGCCCAUGGCUUUGACUCACCCGAUAACCUUAAUUACUCUCUGCAGGGAGUGGAACCGCGUUCUUGGGGUGGGAUAGCAUCCAUCAUGUUCCAGCAGCAGCAGCCGCCGCCGCAGCCGCAGCCGCAGCCGCAGCGCCAGCAGCAGCAGGAGGACGUGAUGUCGUCGGCGACGUCGUCGCCGGCGUCCACGCUGUACUCUCCCACGCCGUACGCUUUCGCGGGGACGUCGGUGCAGGAGCUGAGCUCGGACCAGUGCAGCGUGCGCCUCAUCAGCCUGCUGUACCAGUGCGCCUCCGAGGUGGCCGCCGGCGAGUUCGACCGCGCUAACCUCUGCCUGGAGCACAUCAUGCAGCUCGCGUCGCUGGACGCGCCUCACACGCUUCAGCGCCUCGCCGCCGUCUUCGCGGACGCGCUGGCCUGCAAGCUGCUCAAGCUCCUGCCGGGGCUCUCGCGGGCGCUCCUGUCGUCGUCGAGCUCCGACGACGCCCACCUCGUCCCGGCCGCGCGCCGCCACAUGUUCGACAUGCUCCCGUUCCUCAAGCUCGCGUACCUGACCACCAACCACGCCAUCCUCGAGGCCAUGGAGGGCGAGCGGUUCGUCCACGUCGUCGACCUCUCCGGCCCUGCCGCCAACCCCGCGCAGUGGAUCGCGCUGUUCCACGCGUUCCGCGGCCGGCGCGACGGCACGCCAAAUCUCCGCAUCACCGCCGUCCAUGAGAGCAAGGAGUUCCUGGCUGGCAUGUCCGCCGUGCUCGUCAGGGAGGCCGAGGCGUUCGACAUCCCGUUCCAGUUCAACGCCGUGGAAGCGAGGCUCGAGGACAUGGACUUCGACGCGCUCCGACACAACCUCCGCGUCAGGUCCGGCGAGGCGCUCGCGGUGAGCGUGGCGCUGCAGCUGCACCGCCUCCUCGCGGCCGACGACACCGGAGGCAAGCGGCAGGGCGGCCUCACCCCGCUCCAGAUCAUCGCGCGGUCCAGCCCGAGCAGCUUCGGGGAGCUCCUGGAGCGGGAACUGAACACGCGGCUACAGCUGAGCCCCGACGCGUCCGCGUUCUCCUCCAUGUCGCCGCAGUCCCCGAUAGGCGGCCACUUCCCCGCGGGAGGGCAGCAGAGGCCCAAGAUCGGGUCCUUCCUGUCGGCGGUGAAGGCGCUGUCUCCCAAGAUCAUGGUGGUGACGGAGCAGGAGGCGAACCACAACGGGGCGGCGUUCCACGAGAGGUUCGACGAGGCGCUCAACUACUACGCGUCGCUGUUCGACUGCCUGGAGCGCGCGGCGGCGGCGCAGCGGGGCAGCGCGGCGGCGGAGCGGGCGCGGGUGGAGCGGUCGGUGCUGGGGGAGGAGAUCAGGAGCAUCGUGGCGUGCGAGGGCGGGGAGCGGAAGGAGCGGCACGAGCGGGCGCGGCAGUGGGCGGGGAGGAUGGAGGCGGCGGGGAUGGAGCGGGUGGGGCUGAGCUACAGCGGCGCCAUGGAGGCGAGGAAGCUGCUGCAGAGGAGCGGGUGGGGCGGGUACGAGGUGAGGCACGACGCCGAGGGGCACUGCUUCUUCCUCUGCUGGCACAAGAAGCCGCUGUACGCCGUCACCGCGUGGAGGCCGGCGGGGUACCACCACUCCGGCGGCGCCAGGUCCAGGUGAUGGAUGAGUGGAGCGUGUCUCCUUCUCGUGUGCCGCAUGUACCCUGCUGUCUCUCUCUAAUUCAGGCGUGUUAAUUUGACUGUGGAUUGGACUGGAUGAACAGUUUUUCUUUUCUUUUUUUUGAAAAAAGCGACUGGGAUGAACAGCUUGUUCUACCGAGUUUGCCACAGGAGUACAGGUACAGCGCUAAAAAAAAAAGCUUUAAAAUCCAGGUGAAUAUUUUGGGCC